UUCUCUCUCUUUUUCAAACACACACAAUUGUGUGUUUCUAGUGUGUUCUUCCAAAACUCAUCAAACAUUUUUCUGCAAAGUUUCUGCAAAUGGCAACAAUGCCCAAUGUAGCACUCCUCCUGCUGCUACAACUUGUCGUCUACGGCAAAGUCACGGCGGCGACAUGGUGCGUCGCUAGAAACGACGCCAAAGAAGACGCGUUGCAGACAGCACUGGACUACGCCUGCGGCGCCGGAGCUGACUGCUCACCCUUACAAGACACCGGACUGUGUUUCCUUCCGAACACCAUCCAGGCGCAUGCUUCCUACGCAUUCAACAGCUUUUACAUGCACUCUUCCAUGGAUUCCGGCGCUUGUGACUUCUCCGGCACCGCUGCCAUUGCCAAAACCGACCCCAGUUAUGGAACUUGUGUUUAUCCGUCUUCUCCAAGCACUGCUGGAGGAGGUGGAGGGAUGAUGACUCCAAUUUUAAGCACUCCACCGCAAAACAUUACACUAAUGGAUGGUGGCUCAGGAGCACUAACCCCAACAGACACGGUGCCCACGUUAGCAAAUCCGCCUUCUUCAGAAGCCUUUUCAAAGUUUUCGAUCUCAAGAAUGUUGUUUAUGUGCAUGGUUUUGAUGUUAUUAGCAUAAUUGAUGUUUGGUGAUUCAGAAAGUAGAAGAUUUGGUAGAGUGAUGAUGUUCAACGUAGACAUGGAUAUAUAAUAUUUGAAUGCCAG